AUGAGCGACCUAGCGGAGCGGCUGGCGCGAUUGGGACUGUCCCAAUACCUGGAAGCAUUGGUAUCCGAGGGCUUCGACACCUGGGAGACCGUCCUCGACAUUACCGAAUCGGACCUUGGCUCUCUCAGCGUCAAACUUGGACAUCGAAGAAAGCUUCAACGGGCAAUCGCCGAAACGCGACGACAGUCCUCGAAUCGUCCGCUGCCUAUCGCACUCGAAAACGCAGGCAGCGUUGACGGCUCGUAUCGCAGCGACGACUCCGCAACAGAAACCAAAGUCAGGCAGGGCGAAGCCUCGACCACAGGCGUGACGCCCGGCGCAAAGAGAAAAUACAGACGACAUCCCAAACCAGAUGAGCAUGCGCCGGAGCGACCUCCGUCGGCUUAUGUCAUCUUCUCCAAUCAAGUAAGGGAGACUUUGAAAGGUCAGGAUCUAUCCUUCACCGAGAUCGCGAAGAUCGUCGGCGAAAGGUGGCAGGUGUUGCCUGCCGAUUCUCGUGAAGCUUGCGAACGUCAGGCCAAUUCUGCCAAAGAGAAGUACUACGCUGAGCUCGCAGAGUACAAGAAAACGUCUGAAUACGAAUUGUAUCAGAAAUAUCUAGAGGAGUUCAAGGCAAAGCAUGCUGCACCACCAAAGGAGGCAGAAGGCAAACGAUCGAAGAUUGAGGCAGACACAGUCGCAUCCACUCGGAGCAGCAGUCACGAUCAGACAGAACGCACAAUGGGGCGAAGAAUUAGCUCAGCUCAGUCGGACCUCUACGCCGGCCAAAUCCUGACUGAGUCGAGUCCUCCAAUAGGGCCCUCACGACUACCCUCUGGGCCCUCACACCCGUCUAAAUCAACAUCCCCUGCUAUCCUCAAUCGCUCUGGAUUCAAUUCACCGAGAAUGCCCGAGCAUUACUCCCCGCUUUCGGCUUCGCCGCGCUCGGCAACUCUCAACAAAGAGAACUCCUUCGAAACGACGUCGAGUGUUAUGGCUAGGGAUGCGAGAAGCCAGUUCGACGCAGGCCUACCAUACUCAUCAUCUUACGGUCACGGAUCUUCCUAUCCUCCAUCAACUACACCACCUUCUUACAACGCCCACUACCAAGCACCCAUCGAUCUGCCAUCGCGGCGAUCAAAUCGAGAGAUGCAUCGGCUCCCACCGUUGACCCACGAAGACACAACAUUAUCAUCAGAUAGUGGCCAGGGCGGAUACACAGCCAGCUACACCGGACAAACCCUCCCAGCCAUCGACGUUUCUAAGUCGAUGCGUGUCCUUCCGGCACCCGUGCUCAGUGGCAUGGGAUCUGCCCCAUCACAUCUAGACCGUCCAUCAGUACCACUACCGUCGAAACAUACCCAACAACAUACAGACUACAGAACAAAUUCUUCUCUUGCUGCGCUACUGAGAGCUGGAGAAUUGGCCAGAGUAGCAGAUGCAGACGCAGACGACGAAGAUAUGGAUACGCCAGGAUAUUCUUGA